CUCUAGUCUCUAUCUUCUUGGGCGUUUUUUCUAGGCAGAGACCGAGUCCAAGACUGAACAGAACAGAACCAAAUCCGCAUGUGCGGGUUAGCGCAAGGGGACUAAUCUGAAAGGAGCAACGGGGGCGCCCCGCCGAGGCCCCUGGGAAAUGUAGUUUCAGCACCGAAAACCGCUAGCCCAGGGUGGAGUGGCGGGGAGGGGGCUGAAGGGUGCCCUGUUUGCGCAGGCGCGCAAUGUCACGUUCUCGGCCGGCGCUGCUGCGGGCGGUCGCGGCCGAUUCGCCCUCUGGGAAGUGGAGUCUGGGAAGCAGGAGUGCUGCGGCCCUCGGUCUUGUGGGCGUUCAGCUCCGCGGUUCCCAGGACAACGCGCAAGCGCAGUUCAGACCCGGGCUGCAGACUCCAGCUCAUUGUGCUCUGCCUGCGAUGUUGCGGUUGCCGUCUCUCGCUGCGGCCAGAGGCUCCUCGAAGGGCAAUCCAGUGGUGACCAGGCACGGUGGCCGCAGCCGCAUCGGAGAGCAGGAGUGGCGGUGCAGUGGUCGGGCCCGGGGACAAGGGCGGAGGGAAAGCCGAGAAUCGGUGACCUUCAAGGAUGUGGCCGUGCUCUUCACCCAGGACGAGUGGGCACAGCUGAACCCUGCUCAGAGGGCCCUGUACAGGGAUGUGAUGCUAGAGAACUACAGCAACCUGGCCUCACUGGGACUCUUAGGACCCGAACCAGAUAUGUUUUCCCAGCUGGGAAAAGGGGAAGAAUGGAUGCCAGAGGACACCUUGAGAGGCCUCUGUCUUGACUGGAUGACUAUGCUUGUGAGUAAGAAAUCUACUCUCAAGGCAGAUAUUCCUGGAGAAGAAUUGGAUCAGUGGAUUAUAAAGGAAAGAUUCACUAGAGAUAGUAACUGGAAAUAUGACAGCCUGUCGGAAUGGCAGCAUGGAGGCCAGGAGAUAAAGUUGCAGCAAGUGGUACCCUCUCACCAGAAAACCUCAUCUGUGGUUAGGGACCAGGAAUGUGAUGAAUCUGGGAAGCAGCACACCAUGAGUUCAUCUUUCGUUCAAAGUCAGGGAUUUCAAUCUAGCAAAAAAGCCUUUGAGUGUAGUGAGUGUGGAAAAGUCUUCACUAAAAGUUCAACCCUUAAUAAACAUCAGAAAAUUCAUACUGAAAGACUUAAUGCAAAUCAGAAAACUCUUAUUAAAGAGAAACGAUAUGAAUGUAGAGAAUGUGGGAAAGCCUUUCACCAGAGUACACACCUUAUCCAUCACCAAAGAAUUCACACUGGUGAGAAACCAUAUGAAUGUAAAGAAUGUGGCAAGGCCUUCUCAGUGAGCUCCUCGCUUACUUAUCAUCAGAAAAUUCAUACUGGAGAGAAACCUUUCGAAUGCAACUUAUGUGGAAAAGCUUUUAUCCGAAACAUACACCUUGCCCACCAUCAUAGAAUACAUACUGGAGAGAAACCUUUUAAAUGCAACAUAUGUGACAAAGCCUUUGUAUGCAGGGCACAUCUUACCAAACACCAGAAUAUUCACAGUGGAGAGAAACCCUAUAAAUGUAAUGAAUGUGGGAAAGCCUUCAAUCAGAGUACAAGUUUUCUUCAGCAUCAGAGAAUUCACACUGGAGAGAAGCCCUUUGAAUGUAAUGAGUGUGGAAAGGCCUUCAGAGUGAACUCUUCCCUUACUGAACAUCAGAGAAUUCAUACUGGAGAGAAACCUUAUAAGUGUAGCGAAUGUGGGAAAGCUUUCAGGGAUAAUUCAUCCUUUGCUCGACAUCGGAAAAUUCAUACUGGAGAGAAACCUUACAGAUGUGGUUUGUGUGAGAAAGCCUUCAGGGACCAAUCAGCCCUAGCCCAGCAUCAGAGAAUUCACACUGGGGAAAAACCCUACACGUGUAACAUAUGUGAGAAAGCCUUCAGUGACCACUCAGCCCUUACUCAACAUAAGAGAAUUCAUACGAGAGAAAAACCCUACAAAUGUAAGAUCUGUGGGAAAGCCUUUAUCCGAAGCACACACCUUACUCAACAUCAGAGGAUUCACACAGGAGAGAAACCCUAUAAAUGUAAUAAAUGUGGGAAAGCUUUCAACCAGACUGCCAACCUCAUUCAGCAUCAGAGGCAUCAUAUUGGAGAAAAGUGAUGUGACUGCAGUUUAGAUGGAGAAGCUUUGAGACUGAAUAUAUUAGGUAUUUAAUGUAAGAGAAUCCAUUCUAGAGAAGAACUAUGAACGCUUACCUGGAGAUAGUCAUUUUAUUUACUGAGAGUCAACCUUCACAAUAUUGUGGGUUUUCACAAUUUAGGAAUGGCAAACACGCCAUAAUUCAGUACAGCCUCAACUGAACAGCAGUACUGUUUAAUUAGUUUGAAUUACCAAGUAUCAGAAUCAAAAUGGAGCUUCAUUAACAACCUAGAAAAUGGUUUAUCAAAUUUACAUUUUAACUAUUAAGACAAAUUAUAAAGUUGUAAAAAUUAAAGUUGAGAUGCAAAGGAACAAAAAAGUAAGAAAAUGGUCUACAAGGGUUUUACUCUACUUGAUUCUCUCAUAUAAGAGGGUUUCCACCUUCAGUAGAACCCUUUGUUCUCCUCACCCACACUCCUGACACCCAGUGUAAAGAAGUGCAGUCACCCAUGGUCUGCUCAGGACUUACAUAAGUUAUUCUCCCGACCUUCAGCUUCAAGCCGUCUGUUGUCAGAUCUCCCUGGUCUAUGUGUCCACUGCUUCUCACCUGUAUUCUCCUCUGGGACAAUUCAUUUGAAUGGCAUGUCCCUCUUUUGGUUUAGCAACUCCUAAGUGGUAACAUUGUGUCAUUAUUACUACCCCAUUUGCCCUUGGGGAGUGUGGUGAUCUCAUCUCAUAUACAGUCCAUGAUUCUGGAUAUUGCAGCCAAACUCUGCUUUCAUAACUUGGGACCUCUGUCUGGGAGGCAGAGGUUGAUUAAAAUUCUUGAGUUACCUAGUUCCUCUGGGCCUCAGCUCGACUCUGACCCUGGGGUGAUACCUAAAGUAGGGGUUUAGUCUGUGUGGACAUUACCCUCCGUUUCUGCACUGCAUUCACUCUACACACAGCAGACAGGCGUGCUCAGCUUCAGGUGUGAUGAUCCCAACCACCUAGUGGUGUCCUAGGCCACCUCCACUUCUGUGACUUGCCAUUUCCUGAUGUGCAACUGACAUGAAAGGUUGGAGUCCCAAGGCCCGUUCUCAGAAGGCUCUGACCUACUCUUUCCCUCAGCUGGGCAGUCCUCUGUGUCCACAGCAUUAAAGUGUAUUUGUUGCUCCCAGAAUAUUGAACUGCUGCAUCCUGGUCCUUGCCCUGCUUUUGUCCAGUUUUCUGAAGGUAUUAAUUCUAUGUUCACAAGAAAAGCAGAGAGCUUUGAAUUUCUGCUUUUGCAUUUGAAAGUGGCCAUUUCCUCUCCUCCAGCUAGGUAUUCCACUACUUAAAAACUAUCCCGUCCUGACAGUGGUGGGCAACAUGUUGAGUAAUUCCACGGGUCAAGAAGUGGUCAACAGCACUGUGACAUUCUCUGGCAGGGGCAGUGUCCAUGCCCAGAAGUUUGAGUGAGACUCUAGUCCUGCAGGUACAGUUCUUUCACCGUCUUUAGUCCUUCAGUGCUUUCAAUGGAAAUCACAGAUAAAAUAACGUCUGUGUGCCUUCACACAUAGCCUCUGGUGGCACUCUCCCCUUCCCCUCCACAAACAGUGGGGAGGCCGCACUACUGCAGGCUGGAACACACCACCUAAUGAAGCUGGAAGAGAAAGUAAACUAUCAUUCUGGGAGGUGAAGUGGCAGGUCUGAUCUGUGGAAGUGCUGUCCAUCAGGUUGGGCAGUCUGCUUGCUCCUACAAAUGCUGCAUCUCAGCUCCAAGUUACAGAAGAGGAUAUUCUGUAUCAUGAUGGAAUCAGUGAACUCCAGAGUGAGUAUAGACUUGGAAGCUUCCAGCAUCUUUAAAGCCCAAAGUCCUUAAAUUCGUCUGCCACCUAAUAAAGGCCACUUGUGUGGGCAGGCAUCUCCUGUUAGGUGAUCAGCAACUUAGACUUUCUCCCCUGUUGCACAGGUGAAGCAGCCUUUCAAGAGGUUCCUUGGGACUGUCUGUGCCCCGAGCCCACACGUGUUCAUCUGCAGCCUCACAGCUGACAAGCCCAGCUUCCACAGUAAACUUGAGAAGCUGCUCACUGCUACAGAUACCUGCCUUCAGUACUAUCCAUGUGGCCUGCCUGGUCCCACCCAUCACCCUCUCACCUUGAGUCCCUGAGAAACACGUUUCUAAGCCAAGUUGUGGUUCAUUUUGUUUGUUUUUAAUAAGAGCUAUUGCCACUUGGUCUGUGCCUGCAGUUGAGCUGGGCCAAGACCUGCUGCCACUGGAAGGGCCUCAUUCACCCCAGUGAGAGCUCCAGGAGCUGUUCCUCCCCCAGAGUCAGUGCAGGCCGAAGGCCCUCCAUCCAAGAUUGCAGUUCAUGUCCCUGAGCCCACCUCCAGUCAGGCUUGAGUCUUCAUGGAAGGAGACCUCUGAGAUGCCGAUUCACUCAUCCCUGUCUGGGGAGGCAAAAAGUAAACAAACGACCUACUAGAUGAUCCUGGGCCAACCUGGAUACAUUCAUGGUAAUGCUGUUGGAGCAGGCAGUUAGCAGUGGCUUUAUGAUAUUCUGCCGUAUGAUUAGCACCUUAUUGUGUGACCUUCUCAUCUGAGGGCAUCAGCAUUCUCCUGGGUGCUAUUCUGUACUUUUCUAAUGUGAAGUGGUAUGGCUCUCUGCCUGGGCAGUCUGACCUGCCCCAGCAUCGCCUUUGGCUCACCCCUAAAAGUACGUUCUUGAAAACCCUGAAAUAGAGAUCCUCAGCCACCUUCUCUUCUGCCAACUGAUCUGCAUGGUGUUAGGCAAGAUUUCAGCAAUUACUGGGAGGGACUUUAGCCCAUCCUCAGCCAUGUUAAUCCUAAGACAUCCAGAGAUUUCUAGGAAAAGCCGUUCAUUGCAUACCUCACUUUUCUAAUCUUACUGAUUGACCACGUAGACACUGACUGUGACAGAAGGUGGGGACCACUGUUUGGGACCCUUUAGGGUUACAGAGUUUACAAGCUGGUAAUGUGCCAUCCUCAGCACAUCCAGCCGACGCCUCACUCCUUCCUACCCCACACAGUGCACAGACUUGCCAGCAUACCCACAACUAUGCCAUCUCAAGAUGACAAAUCUGUGUGUGGCAGAGGAACUGCUGAACUUCUGUGCGAGCCAGUCUCCUCACCUGCCUCUCUGGACUAAAGGGAAAACUAUGAGCUGGAGAAGCAGACCUGGGACCCACGUCCCACGUCAGAGCUCUCCUGGCAUACUUUGGAAUUGCCCAGUGGGCAAAGCCACUGGAGGUACCAGUCCCACUCUGCCCAGAGGAAGGGUUUGAGUAUAGGAUUAGCAUCUUGGCUUUGUCAUAUUCUUCAAUGCCUGCGGGCUCCCAUGAACAGCCACUGAAACCGUCUCCUCUUGAGGAAAAAAAAAAUUGCUCCACAUUUCCCCUCUCAAGUCCCUCGAGUCCCUCUCUCCCGUCAGGUCUUCCUCAUCUCCAGCUGAUUGGUUUUGCACCUAGGUUCUCCCCGUCCACCUGAGUUUGCCCAGCUUUGACAGCAGCAUCGCCCUGAGAUGGUGCCUCCUUCCGUAUCCAGUAACUGCUUUUACAGUGGCACCUUGACCCUGCAGCAGACUCGGGCUUCCAGAUUACUGUGCCUGAGCUGCAGUCUUGGAAAAAAAUAGCCCUAAACUGCAUGCAUGCCUUUGGUUGAGAAAACAAUUCCCCUAACCAUGAAUUUAAUCCAAGAGUGGGCAGCCUCCAGCUGUCUGAUUGCGCUCCUUUCCUUCCUGUUGCCUUUGCACCUUUCACUGCCCUCCCGUGUACUGCUGGACUAGCCUGCAGGACCACAUGGAGACAAAAGACGCCUGCCCUACUCCAUCCUGCAGUGGGAGGUUUCCCAGCUUCUUGGCCCACCUCAACUUCUGCUAAAUAUAUUUUUGGUAAUAUUUUUACUUUUAAUAUUUUUAUACCAGUUUAUGAAGGGAAAAAAAUACAAGGCUUGAUUGUUUGCCAUCACUUGAGGACUUCUCAGUUGUGCUAAUGCUUCUCUGCAAGUGCCAAGAUUUGGUCGCCCAGAUGCACCCCUUCUUGUUCUGUGUGUUACCCUGCACGCCACACAUCACUGUCCUUAAAAAAUUGUUGCCAUAAGAAUUAUUCAUCAGUGUGUCUUUCUGAAAAUCAGAAAAGUACCUGGUGUUCUAAGAUGUACAAGUUGCAUUUGUGUUGCCUGCUUAUCUAAUUAGCUGUCACUAAGACGUGGCCAGAGUGGUGCUUACAAGUGUUUUUAGCUUUUUAUGGCCAGUCUGGUCCUGGCUCUCCACAAUGACCAUCCAAACCUACCUGGCCCAGAAAGCCUACUGUUCAGGCUGUGGGAUGUAAAGAGCUAUACCCCCAUCACUGGGAAUAACAGCUAACGUCUGAGGGCAUACUCUGUGCCAGGUACUGUUGUAAGCACUCUGCAUGUAUUAACUCACUUAACCCUCACACUUAUGUGAGACUGCCAUCCCCACUUGAAGGUGGAAGAAAGAGGUUUAGAAACGUCAGAAGUCGCACAGCUGGUAAAUGGUGAAUCGAGGACUUGACCCAGGUGGUGUAGCUCCAGGGCACACACUGCUGCACUUGGCACCUCUAUGACACAUUCUGGGCCACCCUAGAGAGCCACCUGGCUCCAGGCGCUGGGUGCGGCUGCUGUGGCUGUCGGCAGGUGGGAGAUUAUGUAGCAAGUCCCCAGUCUUACACCCGUGCUCUGGGCAUGGUUUUCCAUGUGCACUUCUUCCACAAGAAGACCUUUCUUCAGCCCCGAGUUGGCAGGGUGGGAAGAGUUCAGGUUGCUCUUCCAACGCGAGGGUGCAGGACCAUGAGUUCACGGACUCAUAUCUGAGUCCUGGACAUCUCAUGGGCACAGCCUGUGAUAACCAUGGCCAGUCCUGAACCCAGACCCAAUGAGAGAGUUACUAGGAAUGCCCCUUCUGGAGGUGUCCCUAAAGAGGAAAGCUGAGGCUAGCAGCCAGAGGAACGUAAAGGGCCAUAGCCAUUGACUUAAUAACUUCUGCCAAUCAUAGUAUACGUGGUUAUAGAUGCAUGUAGUUACUGCUUCCGUGACCCUUAAAUGGGGAAGACAGGUAUUAUAAAAGGACAUAGAAAGAAUUAGCAAAUAAUUGUAGUAUAUGCAAUGAGGCAAUAGAAUGGAUACUCUGAAUCAGAGUUCAGGGGCCCAGCUUUAGAUUGUGUGGUUGGAGCAGGCCUCACUGAGGAAUUAACUGGUGACAAGAGAUACAAAGGAUAGAUGAGAGAGACAGGCAGAGAGGUGUGGGUGAUCUAGACAGAGUGAACAGGAUGUGGGAAAGCUCAGAGGCAGGAACUAGCUUGGGCUGGUUUAAAAAGGUGUGAGUGGAGCCCAGAGAGUCGGGACCCAGGUGAGCAAGAUGAGGGUCAGUAGGAAGGCCAGGUCAGCACGGGCGGUGAGCUUUGGUGACACUCUAUGCACCGAGGAAGCUAUUCCAGGUUUCAAAUUUUGUAUUUCAAACUUCCAAGCUACAGAUAGUUUCUAUUGAUAUAUAAAUUUUACUAGAGCAUAAAAGGUGGAAAAAUUUCCAAUUAAUUCUUUCCCAAUUAAUUUCCCUUGCAGUGAAUAAGAAAUUCCAAAGUUGGAAAAAACUGUUUAACCACCUAAAGUUCAAUUACUAAUUUAUUUCGCUAAUAUACCUCAACCAAGAUAACAAGGUUGCUGUCUGACACAAAUGUUACCUAAUGCUAUUUUAUAAUUUCUAGCCAUUGUGAUAAGAAAAAUAAAGGAGUUAUAAACAUUUACUCGCGGGGAUAAGCCAGAUUCCCCCUGGUGAAUUGCCCCAGGCUCAUCACCAAUCUUUCUGGUCCCCUGCAGUCCAUCUCCCACUCCAGCCACCACUGACCUGUCCACCCCACAGUUCCAGCCAUGGUGCUCGCCUGCUUAAUCCCUGCAUUGGCUCCCCUUGACCGGGGCUGGAAAGCAAGGCUGUCAAGACCCUUCACAACCAGAUCCGUGUAGCCUCUCCAGCCUCUUCUCUGCCCUACCCCCUCCCCCUGCUGAAAUGGAACUGCCAGUAGCUCCUGGUGCCCAAGACUGGUUUGUAAUUGUCUAUUUGUCUAGUUCCCCAACCAGGCUGUGAGCUCAAUGUCAAGGACUUGGCCCAAUGUAGCCCACUGUGCCCAGCACCCAGCUCAAGCUGAGCACAUAGUAGUGUCAACAAAUGUGUGUGAAAUUAAUAAACAAGUGAACCUCACUAUUUCCAACAAAUAUUUGCGAGGCCUGUAGAGGAUAUGACACAUACACAUCUCUUUAAAGAAAAUGCCUUCAAUUGGCUUAUGGGUUAUAAAGGGCACUUCUAUUCCCAGGGCCACGUUAUAAGGGAAAGUCCCUACUCAGCCAGUGACCUUGUGUAUAACUGUUGGAAAGGAGAAAGAAGGUGGGGAGAGUUGUCGUUGUUUUAUCCUCUAAGUGUUAUUCAAUAAAUAUGUAACUAUUUUUUAAAUGAUUUAAUAUGUUCUUUUUUCUUUUUGAUAACACA